CUAGGUUCGCCGAUCGUACGAUCUCGUCUGCGUUUUCCUUCCUGUGUCUGCCUCUCCGCGGCGCCACCGCCACGACCGGUCACGUGCCGGCCGCGCCGCGGCAGCGGAAGCCUCCAGUCAGUGCCGUGUGGCUGUGUCGGUCUGGUGUGUUGCCGUAAUGUUGCGAGAGGAACGCAAUGUCGCACACGAGGAGAGCGUGGCAAACAAUAAAGCGGUGGCGACGGUGAACACUACGAACGGUGCUGUGAAGCCAACUGGGCGCAAACCGCACUGUGCUCGAUGCAAGAAUCACUUCAAAAUUGCAGCAGUUCGAGGACAUAAGAGGUUUUGUCCAUACAGGGAAUGUGUGUGUACUAAAUGUAAACUCAUCGCACAACGACAGGUAGUCAUGGCCAAGCAGGUUGCACUUCGAAGAGCUCAAGCGCUAGACGAACUGAUGGGAAGAACAGUGGUGGAGGAAGUCGACCCAGAAGAACUGAAGCAGGCCGUUGAAAACGGAACCAUGCCAAUCGCCCCAGACUGUGUCACAAAAGACGAAGACCUGCCCACUGCUUCCGUCCCUUCUUCCCCAUAUUCCCGACCGCCCUCCUCUUCCUCAUCCUCCUCUUCCCCUCCCACUUACACAGCACCUCACCCUGCGGCCUCCUUAGACCUCUUUCGGUCCCCUCCCUCAUCCCCGCUCUACCUAGGUUCAGACGCACCACCACCCCUCUUCUCUUUCCCUUACGCUAUGCAUCACGGCCUCCAUUACGAUUCUUCGGGAGCUACGAGCCAUCUUCGGGAGCCAUCUUCGAGCUAUUACGCAACUGCGCCACCGCCGCCGCCGGCUUCGUUUUCGUUGCCACCAUUUCCACGCCCUAUUCCCACCAGUGGAAUACACGCCAUCGCUGGUGGGGGAACAUCGCCGUACGACUCUGUGACACUGGCAGAGAAUUCGGUCCCGAUGGGGACAGCGGGAAGCCUGCUCUACUCGUGCGACCGAAGGACCCAGCACCAUCAGUUCGUUCAUCCUGGCAUUCAAUUGGCCAGCUACGGUCCCGCUUUCGUGUGGAGAGACUAGUGUGUGAAAUGAGAACGUGUGGAGAGACUAGUGUGUGACGUUGUCGUUCUAAAUAGAAGGAAAUAAGACUAUUUUUUCGUUAGGCUAUGACGACCUUGCUACUGUGCAUACUGCGUGGGAUCUAGUACUGUUACACAUCAAAACUGCCGUGGAAUGCAUGUGUAUUUAACGUUAGCUCGACAAAGCUUUCUGUCAAAGAGGGCUAUAACCAUACCAGAAGACUGUGGCGAGUUUAUAUUCAUUAUGCAAAACUUAUUUGACUUGGUUAAGGAAGACCCUCCAUCGCAGAUCUUUACAUGAAGAGGCGCUGACCUCUAUGAAGACAACGGUUUAGACAAUUAAUUACCCCAACGAGGGAAGAACCCACUGUUGCUAGUUGAUACGGCGUUAAACAUGCAUAAAGUGAUCUAAGAAAUCGUAUCUUGCUCAGCAGCAAGCCCUCACAUAGGUGCUAAUUUACUCCACGUCUGCGGAGAUGUGUUGAGAUACCUUUGAGACCGUCUGUCUCUGUGCGUGUUUUGUGGAAGGUACGACCCACAACUGGCAUCGAAUUCCUUUUAUGCCAUUUUUGAUGAUAUUACGCGGCCCGUUCGUUCAUUCUGUACCUAGAUCAGUGUACCAGGCGAGAGUGCACCUUAAUAGCAUGCUUGUACCAUUCCGUACCAGCCUUCAAUUCCACUAUUCCGCAUCAUUUCCUAAGAAAUGCUGAUUCGAGAACUCAAAAAGACUGUUGAAGUCGCAUUACCGCGCGGGCUGCGCUCAGUAUUCUGGGCUCGGAAAUUCUCCUUUCAAGCCCAGAAAGGACAGUUUAACCUCAUCACAACCUCUGGACUCUUCCCGUCGGAAAAUAACGACAAUCCGAGCCAUAUGUAGCGUAUGUAGGGAACUGCACUUAUCCGAUCCAUUCUUGUUCAGUGAAAUCUCGUUGAUCUGAUACACACAGCGUGUGAUGCUGCACAACGGUAAAGUUGUCGAAUGAUCACAGCAAGUGUGGAUUUACAACAAUGUCAAGAGCACAAUCAUACUGUGUGACAACGCGACAUAGAAAGAAAGAGUUUAAUGGGACAGAGAGUGUGAAGAUCCGGAAUACUUCCGCUAUUGACACUAUAGAGCGGAUUUUCGUUUGUGAGUGUGAGUUCUGACGCGAUCAUCUCGCCUGGGCUAGUUGUGUUUACGUUCGCAGGUGAACAGUAGUAGUUGUUGGAGAGUCAAAAUGAUGACCCAGUCAACCUUGUUAGGUCGACUCAUAGCUGAACAGGUAUCAAGUCUAGGCUGACACCUCUUUUAGACGCCCAACAAACUAAACGAAACCAAGUACCAAAACACAAUGAUCAAACGCAUACUUCCCGUUUACGAAACAGACAGCAGCCACUGUACGUGUUACACACUCUAGCCUACACACAUGUACGCGUUAUUUGAACGAACAUAAAACGUAUCUAGAUGUCACACGUAAUCGGCAUGCGAAGAAGGCAUGUGCAGAAAGAACAGCUACGAAAAAGUAAUCUCGUUAUGAACACCGCUUAUGUAGUAACUUCAGAAUGUGCGAGUGUUUGCCGAUAUACGUCCCGUUGACUGCGGUUAUGGUAUUAUAAUAUGUAGUGCGUGUGGCGUGUGACGUAACCCGACGUAAAACGCAUAGUUCCAGUGUCCUGUCUGUGUCGAGACACGCGUCCGUAGCAGUAGCGCAGUCGAAAAGAAAUUCAAUUGUUUAAGCCGUGUAUGUGCCCAUGUUAGUAUGUUAAACAUACAAAGCAGUGAGAGUGAUUUUAUGGAUUGUGAACUCGUGCUCCCACAGGGUAUAUUGUUGUAGUAGAUUGUGAAUUAUGCUUUCAAUCACGUUGCGUGGCGUACAGUUAGGCGGGGCUGCAGAACACCCUUGGUAGAACGCCCGUAUGCUGGACCACAUCGAUCUGUGUUGAGUAACGUGAAUCUGCGCUGAGGAGGUCGUGUUUGUCACUGCUGCCCAAAUGUCAAAUGAGGGCUUGUACCGAAAGGUGUAGGUCAGUUUGUCUCUCACGUGUGAACUUAACUUAAUCAUGGUAAAAUAGAAUUAUGGUGAUACGAUAGAUCAACACGGGAGAAAGAAACCGUACGAUGACCUCAGCACGCGAUGUUCCAUAAAGGGGCUAUCGCAUCCGAAAACGUGUGUAUGAGACCGAUAAGGUAAUGUUUGGCAUGACUUCUCGAGCUGCGUUUACAUGAAUGCGACAAAAGCGUAUUGUAUCGACUUAUCGCAACAAAUCCACUACGACAGAGUCGCGUCAACCAAUCCUCCGGUCGGUAUAGGUGCGAGGAAGGGCGAUAACUCGAUACCAUACGCUUCUGUCGCAUUCAUAGAAACUCAGCUUCAGCCUACUUGGCCAAAUUUCUCUUCCGAAUACAGCUUACAUGUUUCGUACGAGUUUCAAAGAUUCCCGCCUCUGCACCCGAGGAAGCCUCAGCGAUAGUAGCAUCAUGAUAGACCAAUGGGAGCGCAGCGUAGACGAUUGUCUCCGAUGUCGUCUGCUUAGCGUUCGCACCGCGAUAUACCAAGUGAAAAGUUAGCUGUAAGUACGCCGAUUUUCGUUUGUGAGUGUGAGUUCUGACGCGAUCAUCUCGCCUGGUACAGGGUGUUACCAUCCUGGCUGUAUGAACACGGCUUGCGCUAACCCAGAAACGACAUUCCGACAUUUCACAAGCCUAUGACAGAUUUGACGCAACCUAGAGAUGCCCUCCCGCCCGCUGUCGCCGAAGGGUGCUCCCUGACAGGACUCGUCCGUGGGACGCUUUUCUCCGAUUUCCGGAGAGAGAAUUCCUCCAUACCCUCAGCAUCCGCCAUGUGCUCUUGCCGUACGUUCCAUGAAAUUGCACAGACUCCGCUCCACUAACUCGUGUCGGACAGUCGACGUUAUUGUCGGUGAUGAACGAGGAGUAAAACAGCGCUGUAGUAUUGGAAUCGAUCGGGAGUUAUGGGAUAGUCCCUUCAAAGGGAUGGCCGCCUUCGUACCCAUCGGUUCUGAAACUAUAGCGGGAUUUUACUGUCGCUGAUCACUGACGCUGUUGCAGAACUCUCACGCGAAUUACUGCCGUAGUUUAUGUGCAUUUUGGAGAAAUACGCCGUAAGAGCAGACGCCGUAUGAGCAGACGCCGGAUGUUCAGAGCAUGGCGGAAGUCCCUCUCUGGGAAUAUGAGAAAACGUCAGAAUGACACCGACCAGUAAGGUAAGGUCUUUGACGACCCCGAGCCGCUCACUUGAGCUGUGCGCCUCAUCCCAAGCCUCGAGAGAGCCCAGCUGGCGAACUCGAGAACAAUGUCAAUCGUCUGCGCGCUGCCCUGUGAUUCGUCCUUGAAGCCUACGUCACAAUAGUGUUUCUUCCUUAGCUGCAGAUGUAAUGCUAAUUAAUGAAGGUCGUUUCUUUAAUGCCGAAGCUCUUUUCGGCAGACAAGACUGGCCAAAUAGAGUGUCGAGCGAUGUCAUACUUUGUGGUAUUCGUUUCAUACACACAUUUACACUAUUGAAACAGGGUGAAUUCAGGGUCAUGCCAAAUUUCGAAAAUGUAGCAUAAUGUCAUGUAUUAGAUUGACUCAUUACGCCUAGUACUAUCUUCUCAAUAUUAUAGCGCGUCCUUUAAGACAGCAUCCGCGGUUCUUUGUGAUGCUAAUAGCUGCAGGCGGCAGAUUGAUUUGGUUCUCCGAGCGAUGUGCGAGACACAACAUUGUAUCCCCAGUGACAGCCCAGUUGUAUAUUAGCUCUGUUUGUAUCUUUGGAACUGCACACAAUUACUGUCUGUUAACGUGUUGAUGUGUAAUACGCUAGUAGUGAGUGAUCGAAGACCUUUUGUUGAUUUACAUUGCUGUGAUACACGUGAUAUUACGGAGCUGACGUUUUACCUAUCUCCGCACUGUGUGAAGUGGCCUGUUGCGCUUGGAGAUGCCGUUGGCGACAGUCGAUGGAAACGCAUAUAUUGUGAUAUGUACAGGACAGUCUUUUACGCAUGGAUAUAUAUGACGGCGUGUUCGCUGUCAUUUUGGCUUUGGCGCUCAGCUCCAGUUACAAAGGAAUAGGUCUGUACUCUACUGUAGGGAAAUGUGUGAUAUGCAGAGCUUGUAUUUUGUCUAAUGAUUCCGAUGAGUAAUAAAGGGUGCGAGAGCAACGAUGAA